UAAAUCCUCAUCUGUCUUGGACGUGCAUAGAAAAACAGCAGCCCUGCAGCAACAGCAGCAGCAGCAGCAGCAAGAACCUGUACCACGCCAUACAUCCGAAUACGAUCCAUCGAUACGCGCAGCUUCCCCACCUGCUGCAAUGAAUUAUCGUGCGCUCAAGACACCAUCUUUUUCGGAUGGAGCGCUUGUAGUUCCAACGACAGUCUCAUCAUCGCGCAAUAACAAGCGUGAGAGCAUGAUUCUGGGCGAUGCUGGUCCUUUGGAAAUCAAUGAAGAAACCAAGUCAUCAGCUGCCGCGGCUAACGACCAUUUUGAAGAAGAAGCAGAACAACAACAACAACAGCAGCAGCAGCAGCAACAACCAGACGAAAAGACAUCAUUGAUGACGGCCAAGAAUAUCAGCAGUGUCAUGGUUAAAGUCAGUGCAUCGAAUAUCAAGACUAGUGAGAAGGGUCGGGAACUGGUAUCAUUUGUCAUAUCCGUUGGCAAACGUGGCGGCGCCGAAUGUGAAGAACUUUGGCGUGUCGAAAAAUUCUAUUCUGACUUUAUUGCUUUGGAUACAAAAAUUAAAGCACAAGGCAAUCAGGUCAGAGGUAGGGUGGGCAAGCUACCUGAUAAGCAGUUGUUUUCGACCAGCAGCCGAGCACCCAGCAAAAUCGACCAGCGAAAGGUUGCACUGGAGCAAUAUCUGCAGCAUAUUAUAUCUUUGCCAUACGCUGACAUCUCAGACGUUUGCGAAUUCCUUACUACCAACGUCGUUGAGCGUGACACUUACCAGCGAACCGGUCGUAAAGCAGGCUACCUCACCAAAAGAGGUAAAAAUUUUGGUGGCUGGAAAGCUCGCUACUUUAAAAUUAAAGACGCCGCACUUGAGUACUACGAAUCGAAGGAUGGCAGUUAUCUCGGCGCAAUAAAGCUAACGAAUGCCCAACUGGGUCGCCAAGCACCUACAAGUGGCAAUGAUCAAGACACCGGCGUCUAUCGCCACGCCUUUUUGAUUCUGGAACAAAAGCGAUCUGGCCCUAAUGGCGCCGUAAAACAUAUCUUGUGCGCAAACUCGGAUGAGGAACGCGAUGAAUGGGUGGCGGCUCUGCUCGAUAAUAUUCGACUGGAUCAAAACAAUAUCCCCAAAAAGAUCAAUAACAACAGCAGCAGCAGCAUUGGCACCAGCAACAAUAACAACAACAACAAUAACAUCAAAAGGGUCGAAAAGCAGCGCAAAGUGUCCAAGGGUGAAAUCCGUCCUGUUGCAGCUGCACCUAUCAAGACCUUGAGAAACGAUCAUGGUGCGGAUAUGGACAAACUGACAUUUGUGCCAUCCGUUCAGAUCCCAGCAGUUGCAUCCUGCAAUAACGAAAAUUCGGGAGCGGAUGACGACCUACAGCAACAACAGCCGAUCAUGGCCACUGGUUUAACGCCCUCUGCUUCGACAGAUAGUAGUAGUGCAGCUGGCUCUGCCGCAGCGACAUUUCUCUCAACGUCUAUGCCAAGUAUGCCCGUGACACCCACAUUUGGAGCAAACACGCCAGCAUCGCCACCACCUCCGCCUCCACCGCAUGCUACACCUCCUCGACGACGAAGCUCAGCAGGUGGCGAUGGUGACGAGGAUCCAGUGCGUCUACGAGCCAAUAUGCUCUCACCUACACCUGGUGCGCUUCGUAGUAGCGAAGACUUGCUCAGUACCUCACAUAACAACAACGACGUACAACAACAAGCACAACUGUUGCAAACGAACGACAAAAAAGUCAAGCAAAAAGCCAACCGUGUUACCAUGUGGGGCAAAAAGAUGUUUAGCAGUAAUAACGAUACUCUGGCAUCAUCGUCAUCAUUAUCAACAUCAGCAGCUACGAAUGGCAACUACGGUGCAGAAUCUCGCAUUAGCAGUGUCCCUUCGGGGUUCCGUAACCUGUUAUCACGUUCAUCCAACGAUUCAAGCGAACGCCACUCGGAAGACGCUGACAGAUCCAAGGUCGUGUUUGGAGUGCCACUCGAGGAAGCAGUACGGAUCUCGCGUGUAUCGAAUAAUUACGAACUUCCGGCCGUUGUUUAUCGGUGUAUCGAAUAUUUGGAUGCCAAAAAUGCUGUCAUGGAGGAAGGACUGUAUCGUCUCAGUGGCAGUAACAUGGUCAUACAGAAGCUCAAACAAAAGUUCAAUCAAGAGGGCGACGUAAAUCUCCUGGCAUCCAAGGAAGAUUAUGAUGUCCAUGCUAUUGCCGGAUUAUUGAAAAUGUGGUUGCGCGAGCUACCUUCAACCGUGCUUACUCGCGAACACCGAUCUGACUUCAUGCAUGUUAUUGAUUUCCUGGAUCGAAAAGAUCGUGUCAACGAGUUGGGUCGACUUGUCUCCUUGUUGCCGAUAGCAAAUUAUACACUUUUGCGAACGCUUACUGCCCAUCUUAUCCGCGUCGUACGAAACUCGGAUGUCAACAAAAUGACUAUGCGUAACGUCAGCAUUGUAUUUUCACCUACCCUCGGCGUUCCAGCAACCAUAUUCAACCUGUUUAUAAGCGAGUUCGAGUACAUUUUCUGGACAACUGAAGACGGGGAUGCAGCACCACGGAUGCUGGAGGAUGAUAGCGAUGAGAGUGAUGAUCAAGACAAUGAUGACGUUUACAAUAACUAUGAAAAAGACAGCAACAUCAAUAAGGAAACCGCUAUUACGACAGGGCAACAACAACAGCCGCCACCGGCACCUCCUCCGAUCCGUAUUCAGCGAAAAGCUACACUACGACUUCGAGAAGAAUUUGGACGCAGUAACCGAAACAGUGUUCAUUAUCUGGAUGGUGCACCAAACGCUAUUGUUUCAAUGGAAAAAUGCAUGGAUGGUAAUGUAGGAGCCGCCGUAUUCGAUGAAGACGACGACGAUGUUGAUGAUCUUGCGUUGUUGAAAGGUCAGGACACCUCGCUUACGUCUGACGACGAAGAUGCAGACCCGCAGCAACUUGAUUUUUAUAAAGGAUUAUCGCCCAUGCCGCCAUCCAAACCAACCUCUCAAGCACCGCCAUCUGGACUGUCUCAAUAGUUAAAUAACUAGCACUACGAUUCUCUUAUACAUCUAUCACCUUACUCUCUAUACGUAUACAUAUGUAACCCUCCAACGCCUCUUUAUAUACACACGUCAUUAUUACUAUUACUACUACUACUACUACUACUACUACUACUACUAUUACUACACUUUUUCAGUUUUUUACUACGCCUUAUUAGUUUGGAUAAUUAUUACGCUAUUCCAACUUUUUCUCUCCUUUCUCUUCUUUUCCGCCUCAUAAUACUCUGCUUUCUUUCGACUGAAAAUGAACUUUUCUUUUACUAGCCAUAUCUUUUCUAUUACAGCGAAUAAGUUUCGCCUUCCACGUCAUCCUUUUUCUUCCUUUUUUCCCCAAACAACUUGUGCUAGAAGUAUAAGGACGAAAAGAAAAGCUAGCAGUGUAUGGCAUCCAUUUGGU